CUUUUUUUCCCACACUGUUUCCACCCACAAAUGAAUGCCUGGUCAUUGUGGCGUGGACUGAGGAUGGAGUUCGGCCUGCUUGGGGAGCAGGGCCUGUUAGGCAGAAGAGUGAUUGCGGGUGGACGUGUCUAAUGACCGAAAAAUGGAAGUUGGUAGCUGGCCCGUGGUUACAGGCUGUCUCCAGGCUCCGGCUCGUUUCGGGGGAGGUGCCUGCAGGACCCAACAUACUCAAUGAGCUUCCAGCGCAAUGUCCGAUCGCUCGGGGCCGACUGCCAAGGGGAAGGAUGGAAAGAAGUAUUCUUCACUCAACCUGUUUGAUACGUAUAAGGGCAAGUCCUUAGAGAUCCAGAAACCCACUGUUGCCCCUCGCCAUGGCCUGCAGAGUCUCGGGAAAGUUGCCAUUGCUCGGCGUAUGCCACCCCCAGCCAACCUUCCAAGCCUGAAAGCCGAGAACAAAGGCAAUGACCCCAACGUCUCACUAGUCCCAAAAGACGGAACAGGAUGGGCAAGCAAACAGGAGCAGUCCGACCCCAAGAGUUCCGAUGCCUCAGCUGCUCAGCCGCCGGAAUCGCAGCCACUGCCGGCUUCACAGACGCCUGCCUCCAGCCAACCGAAACGCCCCCCGACAGCUCCCGAGAACGCACCUUCGGUUCCAAGCGGGGUAAAGUCCUGGGCACAGGCCAGCGGCACGCAUGGAGCACACGGAGAUGGUGGAAGGGCAUCAAACCUACUGUCGCGAUUCUCUCGCGAGGAAUUUCCGACCCUGCAGGCGGCUGGCGACCAGGACAAGGCUGCCAAGGAAAGGGAGUCUGCCGAGCAGUUGUCUGGGCCCGGACCAAGCCUCCGCCCCCAAAACUCUACAACCUGGAGGGAUGGAGGCGGGCGUGGCCCUGAUGAGCUGGAGGGCCAGGACUCCAAACUUCAUCAUGGUCACGAUCCCCGGGGGGCGCUGCAGCCCUCGGGCCCGCCCCAGUUCCCUCCUUAUCGCGGGAUGAUGCCGCCCUUCAUGUAUCCCCCGUAUCUCCCGUUCCCUCCACCCUACGGACCCCAGGGGCCUUACAGAUACCCCACUCCAGAUGGGCCCAGCCGUUUCCCCCGUGUGGCAGGUCCUCGGGGUGCAGGGCCACCAGUGCGCCUUGUGGAGCCUGUGGGUCGGCCUUCCAUUCUGAAAGAGGAUAAUCUCAAAGAGUUUGACCAGCUGGACCAGGAGAACGAUGACGGCUGGGCAGGGGCCCACGAGGAGGUGGACUACACUGAGAAGCUCAAGUUCAGCGAUGAGGAGGACGGGCGAGACUCCGAGGAGGAGGGCGCUGAGGGCCGCAAGGACGCCCAGCCAGCCGCCGGUGAGGAGCAGCCCCCUGAGGCCGAUGGCAGGAAGGGUGCUUCCCCGGGCAGCGAGCCGCCGCCGCCUCCCAAGGUGGCCUGGGCUGAGGCUUCGCGGUCGCCAGACGCCGACCCGGGGCCUCCUGCGCCCAAGCCUCCCCCGCCGCCUCCGCCACCGCCGCCGCACCGGGGCCCCGCCGGGAACUGGGGCCCACCUGGAGACUACCCAGAUCGCGGGGGUCCGCCCUGCAAGCCUCCUGCCCCCGAGGACGAGGAUGAGGCCUGGCGCCAGCGGCGGAAACAAUCCUCCUCGGAGAUCUCCCUGGCUGUGGAGCGCGCGCGGCGACGACGCGAGGAGGAGGAGCGGCGCAUGCAGGAGGAGCGCCGGGCGGCCUGUGCUGAGAAGCUCAAGCGUUUGGAUGAGAAGUUUGGGGCCCCCGACAAGCGACUCAAAGCAGAGCCAGUGGCCCCCCCUGCUGCUGUUGCUGCUGCUGCUGCUGCUACUGUCCCACCUGUGCUACCUGCGGUCCCCAAGGAGCUCCCUGCACCAGCCCCAGUACCAGCUGCAGCCCCAGAGAAAGAACUUGAGGAGCCAGCACAGGCGCCCCAUGUCCAGUCCACUCCCAGUCCAGGGGCGGCUCCUUCUUCUGCUCUGGCAAGUGGUGGUGGCACUGCCAGUAGCACCAGCAGUGGCAGCUUUGAAGCCAGCCCAGUGGAACCCCAGCUGCCUUCAAAAGAAGGGCCCGAAUCUCCCGAAGAGGUUCCUCCGCCUUCCACACCCCCGAUCCCAAAAGUGGAACCCAAGAGUGAUGGAGUGGGCGCUGCUCGGCCACCCCCCAGCCAGGGCUUGGGCUAUCCCAAGUACCAGAAGUCACUGCCACCUCGCUUCCAGCGGCAGCAGCAGGAGCAGCUCCUGAAGCAGCAGCAGCAGCAGUGGCAACAGCACCAGCAGGGCUCCACGCCGCCUGCUCCAGUGCCGCCGUCGCCACCACAGCCUGUGACCCUGGGGGCUGCGCCACCCCCUCCCAAGGCCCUGUACCCCGGGGCUCUGGGCCGGCCCCCACCCAUGACACCGAUGAACUUUGACCCCCGCUGGAUGAUGAUUCCGCCUUACGUGGACCCCCGGCUGCUCCAGGGCCGGCCGCCUCUGGACUUCUACCCACCUGGUGUGCACCCCUCUGGCCUGGUUCCCCGAGAGCGCUCAGAUAGUGGGGGCUCCAGCUCAGAGCCGUUUGAGCGCCACGCACCACCUCUCCUGCGGGAACGGGGAACGCCCCCCAUGGAUCCAAAGUUGGCGUGGGUGGGGGACGUGUUCGCCAACCCCUCUGCAGACCCGCGCCCGCUCACCUCGCCACUGCGCCAGGCGGCGGACGAAGAUGACAAGGGGCUGCGGAGCGAGACACCUCCUGUGCCUCCCCCACCGCCCUACCUGGCUGGUUACCCUGGCUUUCCGGAGAACGGAGCCCCCGGGCCUCCGCUGUCCCGAUUCCCUCUGGAGGAGCCCACUCCCCCGGUGCCCCGGCCACUCCCCUGGCCUGCGGGCAGUGAAGAGGUUGCCAAGAUACAAGCCCCGCCGCCUAAGAAGGAGCCCCCCAAGGAGGAGACUGUGCCCCUGCAGCCUCCAGUGGGGCCAGAAGCGGGCCGCAAGCCCACCCGGGCUGUGGGGGCCCAGGGCCCCCCACCGGUGCGCAGAGAGAGCCGCACUGAGACGCGCUGGGGCCCUCGGCCGGGCAGCAGUCGCCGCGGGAUCCCCCCAGAGGAGCUGGGCGCCCCUCCCCGCCGGGCUGGGCCCAUCAAGAAGCCGCCGCCACUGGCCACGAAAGUUGAAGAGCUGCCCGCUAAGCCGCCGGAGGGAGAUGAGCCCCCCAAGGGCCCGAAGCCAGAGCUGCUCAAGACGACCAAGGGGAAGAUGGGGCCCAAGGAGACUCCACCCGGAGGGCACCUGUCCCCUGCGCCACGGCUCCGCAGGGACUACUCCUACGAGAGAGUGGGGCCUCCCUCCUGCCGGGGCCGCGGCCGGGGGGAGUACUUCGCCCGAGGAAGGGGCUUCCGGGGGACCUACGGGGGCCGGGGGCGGGGGGCCCGCAGCCGAGAGUUCCGCAGCUACCGAGAGUUCCGCGGGGAUGAUGGGCGCGGAGGCGGGGCAGGGCCCCCGAGCCACCCCUCUGCCCCCCGCGGCCGCACUACCAGUGAGACCCGAAGUGAGGGCUCCGAGUACGAGGAGAUCCCCAAGCGGCGGCGGCAGCGGGGCUCGGAGACGGGCAGUGAGACCCAUGAGAGCGACCUGGCGCCCUCCGACAAGGAGGCGCCCCCCAGGGAGGGUGCAACGGCCCCAGCACUGCCCCUUGGCCCUGUGCUGGGCGUGCCCCCUUCACCGGCCCCGGCCCGCUUCCCUGCGGCCCGAGGCGGCCGGGUCUUCACCCCCAGAGGGGUGCCAUCCCGCCGGGGCCGGGGUGGAGGGCGGCCACCUGCCGUGUGCCCAGGCUGGAGUCCUCCAGGCAAGUCGCUGGUCCCAAAGAAGCUGCCCACAGGCCCCUUGCCCCCGAGUAAGGAGCCCGGAAAGGAGAAGCUACUCUCAGGGCCACUGUCGCCUGGGGCACGCGGAGCCGGUGGCCUGGAGGAUGGGGAGCGGCCUCGCCGGCGGCGGCACGGCCGGGCACAGCAGCAGGACAAGCCACCUCGCUUCCGCAGGUUGAAGCAGGAGCGCGAGAGCGCAGCCCGGGCACCUGAGGGCAAGACCCCUGUCCCAUCUCUGCCACCACCCAUGCCUGGGUCCGAGGAACCCUCGGCCACUGUCCCGGUGCCACCACCACCCCGCCGGGCAGCCGCCAAGUCCCCAGAUCUGUCCAACCAGAACUCUGACCAAGCCAACGAGGAGUGGGAGACCGCGUCGGAGAGCAGCGACUUUGCUAGCGAGCGCCGGGGUGACAAGGAGGCGCCUCCGCCUACACUUCUGACCCCAAAGGCUCUAGGGCCCCCCACGGGUGGUGCAGGUACCCCUGGGGGUGGCCUGGCCACCACAGCCCGUGGAGACCUCAGCCAGCGAGCCAAGGACCUGAGCAAGCGCAGCUUCUCCAGUCAGAGGCCAGGCAUGGAUCGGCAGAACCGGCGCCCAGGCCCCGGGGGCAAGGCUGGCGGAGGAGGCGGCGGCGGUGGUCCUGGGGGAAGGACAGGGCCAGGCAGAGGGGACAAGAGGAGCUGGCCUUCGCCCAAGAACCGGAGCCGCCCUCCAGAGGAGCGCCCCCCAGGGCUGCCCCUGCCUGCCCCACCACCCAGCAGCUCUGCUGUCUUCCGCCUGGACCAGGUUAUCCACAGCAACCCUGCUGGCAUCCAGCAGGCUCUGGCCCAGCUGAGCACCCGCCAGGGGAGUGUGACGGCCCCUGGGGGCCAUGCAAGGCCCAAGUCUGGGCCACCUCAGGCUCCACCAGGCUCGGUCCCCCGCCCCCCAACCCGAUUCGAGCCCCCAAGGCCCAGUGUUGGUGGCUCCGGUCCAGAGCCCCGCCUUGAAGAGCCAGCGCCAGGGCCCGUGGUGAGGGAGGCCAGCGGGGCUGCCCAGGACUGUGCUGGGACGAACAUCUUUUCCCUCAAGCGGCGGGAGCGGGAGCCGACACAGGAGGAGCCUCUGCCUGCUGCUCACAGCACUGCGUUCUUGGGCUCCAAGUCGGAGGCCCCUGGCUCUCAGGGGGACUCAAGAGACACUAGCACUGAGGCCCUGACGCCCCACCUCUGGGACCGGUUACACACUGCCACCAGCCGGAAGAGUUACCGACCUGGCUCAGUGGAGCCCUGGAUGGAGCCUCUGGGUCCAUUCGAGGACGUGGCCAGCACGGAGAUGAGUCAGUCUGACAGUGGGGUGGACCUGAGUGGGGAUUCCCAGGUGUCAUCAGGUCCCUGCAGCCAGAGAAGCUCCCCUGAUGGAGGACUCAAGGGGCCAGCAGAGGGACCCCCCAAGCGGCCCGGAGGCCCCUCACCCCUGAGUGCGGUGCCUGGUGAGGGGCCGCCCGGCACUGAACCCCCAGAGCCGCCUAGGAGACAAGCAGCCACCCCUCGCGAUGCGGAUCGGAAGGAGCCGCCCCGGGAGCAGCCUCUGCUGCCCGACCCCAUAGGCACAGAGCGGUCGCAGCGAGCAGAGAGGGGCCCGGAGACGGGCUCCGUGCGGCCAUCGCAUCGCCCGGGUCCUCCAGUUGCGCUGGGCCCAGGGGACAAGGACUCAGACCUGCGCCUGUCGGUGGGAGACGGCGGGAAAGCCGAGAAGGCGCUGGCGGCGGCCGUCACUGUCCCCAUCCCCAUCCCCGAGGCCGGGCCGCCGCCGGCGCCUCGGGACUGGGAGCUGCGCCCUGGCGGGCCCGCCUCUGCCGAGCCACAGGCCAGGAGCUUGGCGUCCGGGGGCCCAGAGCCCAGCGCCUCGGGCCAGCGCCUGCACCCCGAGGUCUUGUAUGGCAGCCCCGGGCCACCCGGCCCUCAGGUGUCCGGGGGAGCCGCGGACUCCCAGGUACACCCUGGCAACGUGAGCUUCCGCCCCGGCACGCCCUCGCUGCACCCCUACAGGUCCCAGCCCCUCUACCUGCCCCCAGGCCUGGCCCCACCCUCCGCGCUGCUCUCCGGGGUGGCACUCAAGGGCCAGUUCCUGGAGUUCUCAGCGCUGCAGGCCACGGAGCUGGGGAAGUUGCCGGCCGGCGUCCUCUACCCGCCGCCUUCCUUCCUCUACUCGCCCGCCUUCUGCCCCAGCCCCCUGCCGGACCCGCCCCUGCUGCAGGUGCGCCAGGACCUGCCGUCCCCCUCGGAUUUUUACUCUGCUCCAUUGCAGCCUGGUGGACAGAGCGGCUUCCUUCCUCCAGGGCCCCCUGCCCAGCAGAUGCUGCUGCCCAUGGUGGACUCGCAGCUGCCUGUGGUGAACUUCGGCUCCCUGCCGCCCGCGCCACCGCCCGCGCCGCCCCCACUCUCGCUGUUGCCCGUGGGCCCCGCUCUGCAGCCACCCAGCCUCGCCGUGCGGCCCCCGCCCACCCCCGCUGCUCGGGUGCUGCCUUCACCUGCCAGGCCCUUCCCCCCCAGCUUGGGACGUGCCGAGCUGCACCCGGUGGAACUAAAGCCGUUCCAGGACUACAGGAAGCUGGGCAGCGGCCUCGGAUCCGGGGGGUCCGGGUCUUCUCGAACUCCAGCUGCUGCAAGGGCCUUCCCUAGCCUCAGCUCGCGCCUCAAGGCCCCACCUUCCACCUACAGCGGUGUCUUCCGCACCCAGCGCAUCGACCUCUAUCAGCAGGCUUCCCCACCAGAUGCCCUGUGCUGGAUGCCGAAGCCUUGGGAGCGCACGGGCCCGCCACCUCGCGAGGGCCCUUCCCGCAGGGCCGAGGAGCCUGGGUCCCGAGGGGACCAGGAGCCUGGGUUGCCCCCACCCCGCUGAGGGAGCUCCUCGGCCUGCCCCCGCCCCCGGGGCUUGUAUAUAGACUAUAAAUAUAUAAGGGGGAGAGGGGUGGGCGGGGAGGGCUUGUGAGGCUGGAGCCUCGCUUCCCCUCCCCCCCUUCCUGUCCCCUAUCCCUGGGGCCGUUUGUUAAAAAAAGAGUAAUAAAAUAAUUUAAAAAAACA